GCCCCGGUAUUUGUCAAUAUGGUGUCGUUUUAUCGGACAUUUAUUAAACGGCUUCCGCGACGGUUCGUAAUAAACGGGAACAACGAUUUUUUAGAUAAAGGCACUUGUGGACUGUUACUCAGACAUUUAGUCACAUAUAACAAUUAUCAUGUGAUUUAUCGAUACAUACAUGACGUGAAUGGAAUUAAAGUCGUUGGAGGGAAGGGGGGAAUAAUAUAAAGCUACAAGUCGUAUAUAAAAACAAGGAGCAAAAUAGGGAAUUGUAGACAUCAUAGAAUGUUCAUAAGACCGUAAUGCGGCGAUUUCAAUAGGUCCUGCGCAUCAAAAUUUCUCGAAACGUGAAUACACUAUACGCUCAAGGAGAAUAAUAUCAGAGAAGUUAUUGAAUCCUUUGUCAUUUUAAGUGCAUUCGACGCUUGGAUUAUGCAAGACAGAGAAAUAUAGCGCGGUCCCAGCGCUGCCGCAAUUUCGGAAAUAGACGGUUGUCAACAACGACAAGAGUCGCGCGUGUGUGGGUGUAUUUUUUGCGCGCCUGUAUACGAUCUCGACAGAACUAACGUGAAUCAAUCAACGAUAAAAAGGGUAUCCCGAACAUCUAUGAUGACCCUUGGUGAGAGCGUAGAACGGAUUGAGAUUAUUUAGAGAGCAAGGAAAACACGAAAAAUGACGUUGCUGCAACAAUUCGCGGAUUUGCUGAGUAUAAUAACAAUCGGCAUGUGCUUCGUAUUAAAAAUUCCACAGAUAUUGAAACUGAUGUCUGUGAAAUCAGCUGACGAAAUAUCCAUGUUAGGAUUAUUUCUAGAAUUAACGAGCUAUACUGUGAUGACUAGUUAUAAUUAUACGAAUGGAUAUGCAGUACUGUCCUAUAUGGAGUACCCGAUAAUAUUAAUUCAAGAAUAUAUCUUAAUAUUCCUAGUCUUGAAAUAUUUAAACAAGAUCAACAUGUCGACUUUUGUAUAUACUAUAAUAUACUUUACACUGAGCAGCUGUUUGCUGUUGGAAAUUGUGCCGAAAGUUGUUCUUACAUUUUUAGCACCCAUGUGCACUCCGAUUUCCGCUUCCAGUAAAGUCGUCCAGUUGCUAGCUAUACUUCGAGCUAAGAACGCUGAGUCUGUGUCACCUCUUACUUGGUUCAUAUCUGCCUUUACAAAUCUGACGAGAGUAUUUACAAUAUGGAUGGAUUCGGCCGACGUGUUGCUGCUGGGGAACUUCAUUAUCUCGGUGGUGUUGAGCUCCAGCGUCAUGUUCUCCGCGCUCUACUACAGACGCCGCCCGAUGAAGCAGGAUUAAACAAAAGAAAAAAAAAAUUACGCAAUUGAUCUAGUCAAACAUAUUUUAUGAAAUUGACGGAGGUAUCUUAUAGUUAUAUCUUAUGUAUUUAUUGUAAUUAAUCGCAAAAUACUUAUUCUGUAUUUACUUUUUCUGACAAUACUGCGCAUGUCAAAUAAUGUAAAUUAUAGUUCUUAAUUCUUAAUUAAUAACUAUAUAUAAAGUUAAAAAUAAGAAUUAUAUGAAAUAUAUAAAGUUAAGGUAUAUAUAUAAAGUUAAAAAUGUGAAAAUCGAAAA